AUGGCGCGGUGGUUGUCAUUCUUUGCAGAAUACAACUUUACGGUCGAGUACAAACCAGAACGACUCAAUGUCGUCGCUGAUGCAUUCUCACGUCGUCCCGACUUUGAAGCAGUCGCGAAACCCAACAGUGAGACAGUCACUGUUGCGGUUAUGACGUCCUCAGUCCCAUCUACAACGUUGUAUGAUGAUGUGAGGCGGGCGUAUGCCCAAGAUGGUGGGAUUGUGAAGUUGUUGACAUAUCUCUCACAACCAUCUCGAGAAUCGUUGAAACGAUUGUCGUCUGCGUAUCGAUCUGCAUCAGAUCGAUACACUACUCGCAACGGGUUACUGUAUUAUACAGCCGUUUCUGGUGACACACCACGUGUUGUCAUUCCAGAAGAUACUGAUCUGCGUUUGCGGAUCAUGUUCGAGUAUCACGAUGCUCCUAUAGGAGGACAUCGUGGCCGGGAGAAAACGUAUCUCACGGUGAGUCGAGACUUUUGCUGGCCCCGCCAGUAUCAGUUUGUGCGAAAGCAUGUUCGCGCAUGCGAAGUCUGUCAACGAGUGAAGUCAAGUCCUUCACUGCGUGCACCUUCACAGCCUCUACCGGUUCCGGCUGAGUGCUGGGAAUCCAUCUCAAUGGAUUUCGUCUUCGGGUUACCCAAAGACGCACGCGGGAAUACGGGUAUUCUCGUAUUUGUUGACAGAUUCAGCAAAAUGGUACACCUCGUGGCUGUACCAGAGACAAUCACGGCAAGUGGCUGUGCUUGUGUCUUUAUUGACACCAUCUUCCGACUUCAUGGGUUGCCCUGUGAACUCGUAUCAGACAGAGAUCCACGAUUCACUGCUGAUUUCUGGCGUUCCGUGUUCAAAUCACUCGGAACGCGCUUGAAGAUGUUGACAUCUGAUCAUCCAGAGUCAGAUGGUCAGACGGAACGUGCCAAUCGUGUCCUUGAAGAGAUACUUCGAGGAUAUGUACACUCCUUUAAGAGUCGGAGUGAGUUUUUGCCAAUGGUAGAGUCUGCCAUUAACAACUCGGUGCAUGCGUCCACGACACAUACACCGUUUACGUUAAUGGCUUACGCCAUCCGCGUGUACCCACCUUACUAG